GCGGCUUACGUUAUCUAUUAAAUGAAUCGUAUCACAGAACGAUUUACAUAAAUGAUAAUUGUACGGUUGACGAUGUGGAAAACAUUCUUCUUCAGUACACGUUACCGACGUCUUAUCAGAUUACGGAUGCGAUCCAACAAUACUUCCAUACGGUGUGGAUACAGUGUCCCAAUCAGCUGGUCGAGUGUCGCUUCCAUGUUCUGCGAUUGUUUACUGUUCUUGGACGAACGAACGCGGGCGCGGUGGCGGUACUGUAGCGUUAUUGGUGGCACCGGUGAAACGCGUUCGACGGCGGCGUCUUAAACGUUGUUCCCCGGGAUGUGCUAACCUCUAGGCCGCAGCAGUAAAGAUGCAGCCAUUCAAUGCUCUACAAGUAGAAGAUUACGGCACGUUGAACAAACGACAAUUACCAGAUCUCCAUCACGUUGUUGUCGGAAGUCGCGAGUAUUUUCAACUCAAUGUUUAAUCUAAACCAGUUGUUAUUGUAAUAACCAUUAUGUUGACUCUGGUAACCGUUUAACUGAAUUGUUGUGAUUGUUCACAAAUCGUAAGUUAAGGUUUACACCCAUAAAAGUUUAGAUUUUAAAUCGAUUAUAAUCAUAACAUCAAUUAUGUUGACUCCGGUAAUCAUUUAACUGAAUCGUUGUGAUUAUUCACAAAUCGAUAGUUACGGUUUCCAUCCUUGAAGUUUGGAAUUUUUCCCUUAAAUAAUAUUCUGUAAGCGGAUCAAUUUCUCAGAACGAAAAAGAAAUUUUUAACGGUAACUCAAGGUACUGACAACUUUUUUUUGAUUAGAAUAAUAGUCGUACCACCUAUAGUUUAUUGGACAUCUGUAUGUGUUACUUAUAAAUUGAGUGAAAUACUUGUUGGACGUUUCUAUUAUUUAUCCCUAUACCAUUUGGUUUCAUGUAUUUCUCUGUUAAGAUUUUUAUAAAUGCAUACGUGUAUUGUUUGUACUAAUUCUUCUCCGAGAACAAGACAACUUGGCAAUGUUACUUAUCAUACACUCCCUACUGAUCCAUUAAGAAGGAAAAGAUGGGUUCAAAGUCUUAAAAUUAAAAAUGUUUUGGAUUGGCAUCGUAUAUGUAGUUAUCACUUUACAGAUGAUGAUUACAUUGUGCGGGAUGGAUUUAAACGAAAAUUAAGAGAAUCUGCUGUUCCGUCAUCAAAAAUCGUUGUAACUCAAGACAGUAAUAUAAAACCUGAAUUUGUGGCACGUUUAAGACGUAAAUUAAGAGUUACGAGUGACUUAAUUUAUCCUGAGGAACCUAUUUCAACCAGGAAACCAAAUAAAUCUGUAGCACAAACUGUAAAAAAAACAAAGCAAUCUGUGAAAAACACGGAGAAAAUUGUAGAAGAAACAGUACAAACUGAGGAAGGAAUGGAUAAAAUAGAACGUACUGCAGUAGAAACCCGUAUGGGGCAUACAGUCCAUACUGUGAUAGAAAUAGAGCCAACUUUACUAGAAAAAAUAGCAAGACUAGAGGAAAUAGAAAAGAAUAAAAGAGAAAUAGAAAAUCAAUCAGUAAAUAAUGCAGUCAUAACACCAAGGAGAUCUACUAGAAAAAUUAAAAUUAAAAAAAGUGAUGAUGAAAUUGUAAAUAAUUCAUUGGUUCAAUCAAGGACGAAGACACAGAAUGAUACAAGAAACGAAACUACUUCUACAUUGCAGAAUCAGACUAAAAAGACCUAUUAUUCAAUGGGAAUUGGAAUUAAAUGUCAAGUUAAGAACUGCCCAAACAAAUAUUCAAAAAACACAAUCAGUUUUUUUGGUUUUCCAAAUGAUACAGCAACUCGAUCAAUUUGGAUUAGAAACUGCGGACUAUAUGGUGUAGUUAAACCUGUAGGAAAGCUGAAAAGUACUAUAAGGAUAUGCAGAAACCAUUUUGAGGAUCGUAUGUUCUUAAAUCCCAACAGACCUAAAAGACUACGACCAGACGCUUAUCCAACAUUAUUUCAUGAUAAUGAUGGUGAUACUUCUCAAUCAACACUUUCUAAUCAUGAAAAUAUGAAUAUGAUUAGUGUUCCAUGUACAAUUAAUGAUGGUAUGGAAUCUCAGACAAAUUCAAUGAUUAAAACUGAUACUGAUGAUGAGUAUCCUCUAAAUGAUAAUAUGGAUGUACACAAUUAUUGUUCUAUACCUGGAUGUAACAAUAAGUAUAAUGAUACAAUUGGUUCUGAAACCUUAUUUGUACUUGGAGAUGAAUCUAGAGCAAAUAAAUUGAGUUUAAUAUAUGGUGUUAAGUUGACUACAAAUAGUACAUUAUGUAAGAGACAUUUUGAUGCAGCAGACACAAAUGAAAAUGAAAUCCCAUUAGAAAAUAAUUGUGCAUUAAAAGCACCAAAUACAUAUAGGAAUGCAUCUAAACGAUCGAUAAUUGAUAAUGAGAAUGAUGAUUUGACUAUAAAGAAAACAAAGAAUAAUUUUUCCGAUGAAUCAAAAACUACCACUAGUUAUAAAAAUGUAGAUGAAAAAUACAUCAGUACUAGCCCUGUACUCUCAAAUCACAUACCGAAUGAUGCAUUUGUAAAUACUCAAGAUGAUAGUUCUGAGGAACGGUCAAGUUUAGAUGAAUUGUUUCCGAAAAUUUUAGCUAAUAAAUCUUUAUCAGUCACUCUAAACAGUUUAGGCACUGUUCAACACUACUCAGGACAAGAUGGGGUUCAAAUUGAAUAUCAUCCUGAAGACAUCAUUGAAGAAGACAAACCAAAAAAACCUGUAAUUAAAGAUUCACUUUCAAUAACUUCAUCAUCUGAUGAAUCUAUACCUCUUUCUCUCCAAUCAAAAUUUAAAGAAAUAAUUUCAAAAUCUCGCCAUAAUAAACCUAUAUCUAUUACAUUUGAAAAAAAGGUUAAUCCUAAUGAAAAUUUAAGUUCAAAUGUUCUACCAUCAUAUCCAGAAGAUCAUUCUGAUUAUGUUACUUCACUGUUAGAUAGUGAAGAUAAUUAUUUGCAAGUUCGGAGUGAACAAGUAUCAGCAAUAGACUCUACCAAAACAAUAAAUUCAACUAUUGACGAUAACAACGAAUUAGUGUGUAUAAAACUUGAACCUGUUGAUGAUUUAUUUCAAACAAUUUCAACUGACGAUGUUAAGUCAGAUUUUUGUGAACCAAAUGUUAACAAAAAUUCACCAUUAACUUCAACUAUAGACUUUGCGCCUAAGACUAAAGAGUCCACUGAGCAAAAAUCUUUACCUGUUUCAAACUUAAAUAUAAAAUCUGAACCAAUUGAUACAAUAGAUGAUGAAUCUCAAACUUUAAAUGAAAGUUAUUUAGUGGAUAAUUUUCAAUCAAAUGCUGAAUCAACGAUUCCAACUACUUCAAAUGUUAAAUAUAUGACUGAUAUUUUACAAAAUAAUACAAAUGAAUCUAUGCCCAGAAAAAGUACAAAAAUAUCAACAACUAAUUAUACUAACCAAGUUAAUUCAUCUGUCAAUUUAAAUUCUACACCAAUUAGUGUUCAUCCAUCAACUUCAGCUAACAAUAUAAUAACUAUUAGUGAAGAAUCAAAACUUAAGCAGCUAUUAUUAAACUCUUCAUCUAAUAGUUCUAUAUCUAUUACUACUGUACAUUCUGAUCAUCAACCUAAUGUUUCAAAUACUUAUGCUAAUUGUUCAUUGGUUAAUACUUCACAAUCAAAUUAUCUUCUAAAUGGGCAACAAUCAACUGCAAAUUCUAGAGCUACAGAUCAGGUGUAUUCAAAUAGUUUAGUUCUUCCAUAUAAUAACAAACAGCUAUCAAUUGUAAAACGUCCCUUGCUAAACAAGAAACGUCGUUCACAAAAUAAUCAAUCAGUGGACAAUACUACACCAGUAAUUUUCAGUUGUGUGUCAUUAAAUUCUAAUCAAAACAAAAACAAUGAAUAUAAACAAGCAAGUCUUUCAAUGAACGAAAUAGCCAAAUCUAUUUCACUUCCUGGUAAUUUUUGGAGACACCAUAUUAACAUAAAAAGUAAGGCACAUCGAUUUAUAGAGCUAGAUCAAAAUAUGAAACCUAUCAAGAAAAUUUAUUUUUACAAAAGUUUAGUGCCGGAUAUUAAUAUUAAUGGUAAAAGUUUUGAAUAUUAUGAAGAAAUUAGAACUCCAAAUCAAUUAGAAACUCUUUUAGAAAAAAUUGAUGAAAUUGAAAUAUGUAUUGGCUAUAAUGGAUUACAUCAUGAAAAAUGUAUUGCUUAUUUUGAAGAUACAUCUGAAGAAACUGAAUUAUGUCAUAAUUGUAAAAUGUUGAUGACUGACAGUAGUAACUUCUCGGAAGAUGAUCUAAUAAAAAAUAAAUCUAUUUUAACGAAAAGGCUUCAGAAUCAACUAUUUGAAUUGGAAGACAGUAUAGCUCAAAUCAAAAAUAAAAAAAAAAUACAAAUGCAGAAGAGAGAAGAUUUAGAAAAUAUUUUAAAAGUUAUUAAUCCAUUCAAAGUAUUAAAUGCUUUGAAACCUCCUGCAUAUAUUAAUUAAAAACUUAGUUUUAAAAUUCUUAAUUAAAAUAAAAUAAGCAUUAAUUUAUACACUCCCAAGAGUUAAUAUGCCAUUUUUACUAUAAAAACCACUUAAAUUUAUAUACUUUAUUAAUAAAUCAAUAAUUUACAAUUUUUAUGAUUUACAUAAUUAAAUUUUAGAUGUCAGAAAAC